AUGCACCUUCCCUUUCCGCUGAAGACAAGGGACAAUAGAUUAUACCCGUGACGUGUGCUAUGGCAAGCUGUCGAUUCGCCGAAUUCAAACGCAGUGAGAACCUCUACAUCGUCGCAGUUAGAGCCAAACGACGCACAUGCUGAGUAGGUAACAAAAGAUGUCACGAGAUGGCAGCGCUCCUGAAGAAAGACAGGACCUGGAACCGGAAGAACAAACUGACAUUGAAAGGUGGAAAUGGAACCGAAAGAAGGUGUUCCACUGGGUAUUCCUUGUGUCGGCCGUUAUCUACGCCAUGUGGAGAUUUUCGGUCAACGAAGAGAAUGUGUUCCUCCAACAAGAAAUGCGGCGCGCGUUCAAACGCAGCCCAUACGGAUUUCAGCGAAAGCAGGAUGAUACAAAUUGGGAAUGGACGAGUACGCGGUCUAUUGUUACGACGAACUGGAAGUGGUUCAUUCUGCACCCUUUGCUGGCCAGGGUAAUCGCCGGCAUUGCACCGUCGCUAGUGCCGGUGUUCUACGCUGUCUACACAUCGCUAUUUGUGGCUGUCCAGCUGGGCUGGGAGGUGUCACUCGCUUUUCUGGGACAGCACGCCGCUUUCUUUGCCUUGGCCACGCUGCGCGUGCCCGCAUUCUGUUACGUCCUCGCAUUUCUCAUGAUGGGGCAGAAGCGUUUCCUGGAGCACUAA